UUCACUGGCACGGGAUUAUCCAGAAAGGUACCAAUUGGUAUGAUGGCGUUCCCGGAGUCACCCAGUGUCCAAUUCCAAAUGGGGCCGACUUUUCAUACGUGUUCACCCUCCAGCAAUCCGGUACCUAUUGGUAUCAUUCUCACCUUUUGGCUCAGCUUGCCGAUGGCUUAAGGGGACCCAUGAUCAUUCACGAUCCUAAUGAUCCUAAUAAAGAUAGGUAUGACUACGAGUACGCGAUGACAGUGUCUGAUUGGUAUCAUACUCCUACCGGAGAUCCCGGAAUGCUGCCUCUGCUUCAUAGUGCAAACUAUACUGGUUUGGACCCUGUCCCCGAUUCCGGAGAAAUCAGUGGUGUAGGGCAAUAUAAAUGCACAAUUCCAAACUGCACGCCUUCUAAAUUCGCCACCUAUAAGGUCAAACAAGGAAAAAGAUAUAGGUUUAGGAUAAUAAAUAUAAGCGCAAUGUCACAUUUUGUAGUUUCCAUCGACAAACACCCGCUUACCAUUAUCGAAGUUGAUGGAACGCCGACUCGUCCGGCCACAGUCGAAGUACUUCCAAUUAAUGUUGCUCAGAGAUAUUCCGUGGUCGUUUCGGCGAAUCAACCGAUUGGAAAUUAUUGGAUCCGAGCACGCCUUUCAAAUUGCAGUCUUCUUGUUAACGAUGACACGAUUAAUGCCAAUUCUUCUGUAUUCGGAAAUGAGAACAUUACUGGUAUUCUUGGAUAUUUCGGCGCUUCCUCGACCAUUCCCGACUCAAAACCAUACGAUGAUAACGCAAGGACGUGUUACGACGUGGAUUCUAGUCUACUAAAACCCUACCCGCUAAAUCCACCAGUACCACCACAAAACGCAAAUGUCAGACGCAUUAACAUGAAGAUCAAUAUUCAAGUGAUAAAUUCCCGUAUCCAAGCAACGUUAAACGACUCAUCAUAUGUUCCGGACUUUACUUAUCCCUCCAAUCAAAAGGUGAUUGACGGAACGGAUUUUGUGUCAUCUGAUAACGCCUAUUCUUAUAACAAAUUAAACGAGCCCAUCGAGAUUGUUUUGAACAACACCCUAGACCAAACGCACCCUUUCCAUUUGCAUGGACACACAUUCUGGGUUGUCGCUCAAGGUGAAGCGGGUAGUUAUAAUAAAUCACUUGAUUCCUUGAAGCACAACUUUGACAAUCCUCCUUAUCGUGACACGGCGACCAUUAAAGAGCUUAG